UUGGGAAGGGAUUCGGCAAUGGCGGACGUAGAGAGAAAUAUAUUUUCUUUUGACGAACUUGUCAAUAUUUUCGGUUAUCUUUCCCCUGGAGAGCUUUCUAAAUGCUCUCAAGUCUGUAGAGACUGGUAUGAAGCCUCCCAAGUUGGUUCUCUAUGGAAGAGACAUUGUUUGCAGAGGUGGAACUUCUGUCACUUGGGGAAACUGAAACCUGGAGAGAGGACAUGGCAGAAGUACUAUAUUGCUCGAAAUAAGAUUGAAACUGGUGCAUCCACAGGGAGACCAAGCCAAGACUAUGCAUGCAAAACCUUACGUGGACAUAAGAGCCAGAUCACAGAUGUGGUUUUUAUCACAAAUAAUGAUAUCUAUAAUGAGGAAAUCAUUGAAAAGAAUGUCAAUCCCAUUGUUGCAAGUUGCAGUCAAGACAAGUCUGUCUGUGUGUGGAAUGUGCGAGAAGGAGGAAGUCUAUGGAAGAAGCAGUCUCAUGAAUCGUCAGUUGCCUGUCUAACAGUAGUUGCCAAUAAUACUCUGAUGGCAAGUGGGGAUGUUGAAGGGAGCAUCAAGUUGUGGGACAUAAAUACAGAGCAAGCCACUGCAUUGCAAGGAAGCCAUUCUGCUGUUGUAACUUCAAUGGUGUGUGGAAAAGAUGUAAUAGGACAAGGGAAAGGUGGAGACCAACUUCUUUUUGUUGGAUUCAGAGAUGGAUCUGUUAAGAUAUGGGAUCCACGACAGACGUCAAGUCCUCAAUACCAGCUAACAUGUUCAUUUGGGUUAAAUUGCGUGAAACUCCAAUCUGACCAUCUUAUGGCCGUAGCAUCUAAGUUUGAAAGCACUGUCAAGAUAUUUGAUAUACGACACCUUGCACCAGACUGCUGGAAGAGCCCUGAGCUGCAGACGCUUCAACAUCCAUGUGAUUCAGCAGUGAUUUGCCUUAGUUGGGUUCAUGGAAAACAGAACCAAAUUAUUGCAGGGUUCAAAAAUGGUGAUGUGAUCCUUUGGAAUACAGACACUGGGCAACAGAUUCACUGUUUUAAGGGACACACAGGAGAGGUGUCAUGUAUCAAUAUGAGGGGAUCAACUCUGGUAACUGCUGGCCAUGAUAAAACUGUGCGUUUAUGGGAUUUAAUUUCACUUGAGUCUUUACAAACUCAUACUGAUCAUGUGGGACCAAUCACUGGGCUGCAUGUUGAUAGUUAUCGCGUGAUGUCUUCAUCUAGGGAUUACUCUAUCAGAACAUACUGUUGGUCAAAGAAUUCAAGCACUCUUGACAGUAAAUACACUUUCCUUGGUGGCUCAUUGCAAAGAGCAGGGAAUGGCUUUGAAAAAGUACUCUGUGACUACUCUACAUGUGUUGGUAUGGCAAAUGAUGUUUUAAAAGCAUACUCUUUUCAGGUAUAAUUAGAAGGGUUUAAGUUAGAGACCACUAGCAUUAGAGUGUGCCUAAUUCUUUCUUUAUUGUUCAAAUUUAUACAGAUCUUGGAUUUUCAUUUUUAUAACAGUAUCUGAUAAUGUUGUGUAGCUUAUUAAAUUAAUGUGCUUCCUUUGUUCACACACAGCUCAGAACUAACUUUUCACUUAAAUGUCCUUUUGAACUAGUCAUUGACUUUUCAAAGUUUACUUUUAAAAGUGAUUUUCAACUUGUCAGCUUGAUACAAUAUCAUUCUCAUCCAUUGAGCAAAAUAUUUUUUCUUUCACUAGUGCCAAAAUUGUAUCAAAACACCCCUUGAGUACCAAAAUGCCCUCACAGGUAAUAUCUGUGAAACUGAUUUUUUUUUUAUUUUUGCACUUUCUUAUUCUUUCUUGAAUUUUCAACUUUGACUUCUUCUAUGUACUGGGAGUUAUGUCUGUUCAAUUUCUAAUCUCAUCAUGACAAAUUUUGAUUUUACUUGCUCUAUAAAAUGAAAUAAAGCCAAAUUUUUUAUUCCCCCUUAAGUAAAUUUCUUCAAUACAGGUCACAAUGUGAAUGACUAAUGCUAGGAAAUACUGAAUCAUAAUUAUAGCCUUAUUACAUAAACAUACAUUUUUAUUUACAUUUGAAAGUUAAUUGAAAUGGAACUUAAUUAAAUAAUUUCUUGGUGAA